UAACAAAUAAUUUGAGCUACUAAAUGUCUCUAGAAGAAGAAUAUCAGAAAAUCCAGGAUGAGCUUCAGACUUCAUUCGACUCAGGGGUCACCUUGCCUUACGAGUAUAGGAUCGGACAGCUUAAAAAGUGUGCUGCUAUGAUUAAAGCUAUGGAAAAGGAGUAUUUAGAAGCAGUACAUAAAGACAUGAGGAAGCACCCGAUGGAAACCAACGGUACGGAUCUAAAGUUUACUGAGAGUGAACUGGGGUACGCUAUGAAGCACCUCAAGGGUUGGAUGGCAGAUCAGUAUGUUAAGACCGAUUUAGUGAACAAGUUAGAUUACGCGUACCAACACCCAGAGCCAAAGGGGAUGAUCCUAGUUAUAGGAACCUGGAAUUAUCCUAUGCAAUGUACGCUGGUGCCUCUCAUAGGAGCAAUAUGUGCUGGGUGCUGUGCUGUGGUGAAGCUGAGCGAGGUAGCACCCACUGCUAGUGCUGUCAUGAAGAAAUACUUCGACCUAUUUCUGGAUCCUCUGUGUUACAGAACUUUGGAGGGAGGGGUUGAUACUGCUACGGCUUUAUUAAAACUUAGGUGGGAUCACAUCUUCUUUACAGGGAGCGUAUCAGUGGGUAAGAUAGUAGCUAAAGCUGCCGCAGUAAACCUGACCCCCGUCACCCUGGAACUGGGGGGAAAGUGCCCUGUUAUUGUGGAUGAGAAUACUAACAUUGACACGGCCGCCAAACGAAUCAUUUGGGGCAAGUGUGUGAACGCUGGGCAGACUUGCAUAGCUCCGGACUACAUAUAUUGUCACAAGAAGCAGAUGCCAACUCUGAUUGAGAGGAUGAAACAGCACAUUACUGACAUGUACGGAGAGGAUCCGGAACAGAGCGACGGGUUCGCAAGGAUAAUCAACCAAGGUCACUACAACAGGUUAAAGUCUCUUAUGAAUGAUGGAACUGUCGUUAUUGGAGGUAAAACUAACGAUGAAACUAACUACAUUUCCCCGACUAUCCUCACCAACACUCCUCUGGACUCUAAAGUCAUGCAGGACGAGAUAUUCGGGCCCAUCCUGCCCAUCAUGGAAUACGAGGACAUUCAGAGCGUUUUUAAGUUCUUCAGGACCCGAGAGAAGCCCCUUGUGUGUUACCUGUUUUCUAGCAACGCUAAGCUUGUCGAUGAGGUAAAGAAGAAGGUGUCAGCAGGUACGCUGGAUGUUAAUGACUGUCUGAUGCACAUGAUGAUACCGACCUUACCGUUCGGAGGUGUUGGUCACAGUGGCAUCGGAAAGUAUCACGGCAAGUCCACAUUUGACCAGUUCAGUCACCACAAAUCCGUCCUACACAAGCCAAUAGGCAUGGAGUCCGUCAACAACCUCAGAUAUCCCCCGUACGACGCGGAGUGGAAGCAGAACCUGAUCUACUCGCUGGCGUAUUACAAGCCUAGUAUGUAAUUAUGCCCCAACCAGCAAUGGAUUUGCGAAGUACGCCGUCACAUCGACAAUGGCUGGUGCUGCUUUCGCCUACGCUUACUCUUAUCCUGGUAGCAGUGGGUCCGGUGGGCAGUGAGGCUGGGUCCUCUCAUCAGACUAGAUUCAGGUCAUCAUGGACAGUGGAUUUAAUACUUAGUACUUUCCAUCCCUAGAAUCUCCUGAACUUCAUCACUCAGCAUCUGACUGUUGACCUCGAAACACUCUUAAAGCUAUUUAGUAAACUGUUAUAUUAUAAUGAAUUAUUAACUAGACUAGCAGUGUAUUAAAAUCGUUAGAAUAUAAACGAAUAAUUAGAAUUUACUUUGAUCGGUAUGUUAUACUUAAAUGAGCUCUGAACUUUUCAGGUGUUUUUAAGUGGAAGCAGUUGCGUUUACAAUGAUUAUUUGCGUUUACAAUGAUUAUUUAGAUUCUAUAUGUUUAACAGUGUAUAAACCUUGAUUAAUGAAUCAAAAGUUUACGACGAAAAUAUACUUUCGAUUUAAGUGUGGAAAUGGGGUUUGAUAGGCGACAAAAAUUACCAUUUUGUAAAUUUUAAAACAAUACAUUUAGCUUUCAAAAUUGCGACUGGACAACAAGCUGAACAAGGAUUGAGAUUAUAACAGCAAUUAUGAUUAAUCGCACCACCUAAGGCAAAGUUUACAGCAUACAGAUAGCUUAUUGCAAUUUAAAACCGAUCCAUUUGCCAAGUUUAACCAACCUUUUAACCAGCCGUUUUAUACCGAUAUCAACAUAUCCGGAUGAAUAACGAUAAAGUCAUAACCGUAAUAGACGAUUUCCCUGAGAGUUUUUGUAAUUUUCGCUGUUUCUUGUGUGAUAUUAGCUGAGGUUUUUGUGUUUGAGAUCACAAUAUCUUAGUUUCCUUGCUCUGUAAAACACAGACAGUAUUGUUGAAGUAUCUUUAACUUUAACUUUAAGGAGUAUAAACUUUGUUUAAGUUUCACUUACGUUUUGUGCAAGUUGUUAUUUUUGGUGAUUUCUAUUUGUUGAUGAAUUGUGAUCAAUCAUGAUUUAUAGACAAGACAUAUUCCUAUCGAAAUUGAGAAGAUGAAAUUAAAUAAUUUUAUUUGUUCAAUGAAUUAAUUAAUAAGGAUAGUU